UUGGCAAAAAAUCAGUUGCGUUCGAAUCGAACUACUGGCUGCCUAAAGGGGGCCGCGUGAGUGCUGGGCUCAGCCCCCUCUGAUCGUAAAUAUGGCAACAGGAGCGUAUAAAUUUUUUGUAAACAGAUCUGUGAAUUUAUUGUGAUAAAAUGGCUGAGUCAGGUAUAGACAUAGGAUACGAUUUGUCGGCCCUCCUCUCUGAGGACUUCGAUAUCGAGAGUGCUAUAGAUUUUGACGAUUUGCUGGGGACCCCGAAAAACCAAGAAUUUUACGAACUGACAUCAAAGACUAUGCCCGUGUCCGAAAGCACGCCGAAUUUGAAGACUACGAAUCCCUUAUCUCGGACUCAACUGAAGCUUCAACUGAUGAGGGACCAAGCCAUACUGCAACAACAACGACAAGCCCAAGACAGAAUAGAGAGACCCCCACAGCCGCAGAAAGAGCUACCUCCGCACAAUUCAAAGCCUAUACCACCCCCCGUGAAGGUUCCGCUUCAUAGUCUGACGAGCGUCCCGCUGCAAGUUCUCCAAGUUCAAACGAAGUUAGAGAACCCUACUAGGUACCAUGUAAUGGAGAAGCAAAAGAGUCAAGUGAAACAGUAUCUUAGUGAGUCCUUCCAAGCUUCCAGUAAUAAUUUAAUGUUAGUAAACGAGAGAACUAAUCACAAUCAGACCCAUAGUGCGCCGACCAGUACCGUUAUACCGAAUACAGUGCCGAGUGUUGUAAAUAAUAAUGUAUCGCAAUCGCAACCGUACUAUACUCAAGGGAAUGUAUCACCAAAUUAUGACAUCCCCGUUUUGUCGCCUGCCCUAAGUUCUGGAGCUACCAGUACGUCCGAGGCUGAAGAUCUAAUAGACGAUUUACUAUCACUGGAAUCCAGUUCGCUAGCUUCUGAUGGGUUUAAGACGUCAGAUAACUCCCUCAGUGCAAAUGAUCUCAACAUCAAGAACGAGCCCUUUAUACUUAGCGAUGCUCAGCUACAUGCUCUUGCUAAAGACAGACAGAAAAAAGACAACCAUAAUAUGAUUGAGCGUCGAAGAAGAUUUAACAUAAAUGAUCGAAUAAAAGAACUUGGUACCCUUCUGCCAAAGAACAACGACCCUUACUACGAAAUUGUAAGGGAUGUCCGUCCAAACAAAGGUACCAUCUUGAAGUCUUCCGUGGAGUACAUAAAAUGUUUAAAAAACGAGGUUCAGAGACUUAAACAGCAGGAAGCAAGACAAAAACAAAUGGAGAGUAUAAACAGAAGGCUGCAGCUUCGAGUACAGGAACUUGAAAGACAAGCUAAAUCUCACGGCCUCCCCGUGUCGGAAUUUAACUGGCAAGGACUGUCAGCUAACCCACCUGUGCAGUUCAAUUCUUACAACAACAAUCAAAAUCCUCCUUCGGCAGCAACCCUUUUGCCUCCCAUAGUAUUGACGGAUCCUAGUCGAAAGAUGCCAGACGUUAUCUCCGACGCAAUAUCAGACGCGUCGUUAAGUCUGUCUGCAAUGGAAGAAGGUAUGGACGAUGACGACCUCGUCUACGGAGUAAAUGGAGACCCAAUGCUAUCCUCCCCCCACGCUCUGACCGGAGACACGCUGCUUGCCUCCCCCGCCCACCCUGGAUCUGGGGAUAUUUUACUCUGCGAGCCACGUCUACCUACCCCCACCCCCACCAGUCAUAUUGAUCACGAGGGAGACACGUUAGACAUAGAUAUGAUAGCAUGAUCUUAAUGGUCACACAAGUGGUCUUGUGCAAUAGAUGGUGGACUGCGAAAUGUGGUCAGGUGAAAAAUACGGAAAGGUGGAACGCAAUGUUUCGGUUUUUUGUCUGCCCGACAAUUUCUGUCCAACUGUAGUGUUAAUUUUGUAUUUCCUACACCAUGUUAAUGUUAGAUAGGGUGAUAUCUGUCUGUUAGGGUGGUACACCAGCCCUUUCUUAACCCGAUAUUCGGUGUCACAGAAAUUAUGUUAGAAACCGUAAAUUUAAUGUCGGUACUUCACCAUUAUUUAAUGCAAAAUAUUUAGAGCGCUAUUAGAUUACUUUUUACGUUUUUAAAAGUCAGUAUUAUGUAUUGGAAUAUUUUGGUUUUGUUCCCCGUGAUUGUCUGAUAACUUUUUGCAAUUUACAUAAGUAUUUAUUGUUGUUAUAUCACCAUACUCUUAAAACACGUUUUUCUUUUUAAAUUUAGGAGGUAUUAUUAACACAUGGCUCGACACUUGUUCACACUUCACAAAAUGUAUUGCUGGUUGGCUAUUUGCUAUAGAGCCCUCUUAAACGCAAAAGAAACUGAAGAUCCAUACCAUUAUCAGCAACAUUUUUUUUCAUUCUUAAUUUAACACUGUUUCAACACUCUGAGGACUAUCUGGUACCAUCGGUAGCAUAUUGUCGUCGAUGAAGAUAAUAAAAAGUUGCAUCACUAGGACUAAAUUCUGUUUAAAAUGAUGUAAUUUUUGGGAACGCGUCUCGACAUGUGUUAGUAAUGUGUUCUAAUCUGUAUCCCUCGAAACGUCAGGUAAUUUUAAUGCUUAAGGAUUCACAAACUGACAGCAAUAGUGCUCUUAGUUAACAAUUAACGAUUGUGAAAAGAUCACAGGGUAUAAUGUAUUACUGGGAUUACAAAAUUUGAAUUUGGAACAAAUAUGAAGAAUCUGGUACUGUUGGAAGUCUGUUUAGGAACCAGUCAGGUUUAUAUUUCAGUUUUAUGAUUUAUAAAUUUAUUAUAAAUGAGACACCAAGUAGAGAAUUAUAUAUAAAUACGUAGGUACUUUGUUAGAGUAGCUACUAUUAUCUCUAUGUGUACUUUUACUGUUAUUACAUUGUUGUAUCGAGGUGCUAUUCAAGUUACCUUUUCUAGCUCAAAUUGUAUAGAUGCAUUUUUGUUAUGUAAGAAGCCAAAUAUUGUAAAUAAAUGAAAUGUGAUUGAUUUGGGUAUGGAUAUUAUGACCGCUGUUGUUCUGUUUAAAAAUUUUAAUUAUUGUUCGAGAUUAUAUUGUUUCGUAUAAAGAUUUUAAAGUUA